GACCCCGCUGGCCGGGCGGAAAGAGGGAGGGGGCCGCGCUCGGCGCCCCGGCCGGGCCGCACGGCCACGCCAGCGCCGCCUGCCGCGAGCCGGAGCCCGAGCCGGAGCCGGGCGGGGCGGGCAGGGCAGCUCGUCUGGCUCCCACCAUGAGCGCCGAGCUCAACGUGCCUGUGGACCCCUCCACUCCUGCCUGCUCCGAGCCAGGCCACAAGGGCAUGGAUUACCGGGACUGGGUUCGCCGCAGCUACCUGGAGCUGGUCACCUCCAACCACCACUCGGUGCAGGCCCUGUCCUGGAGGAAGCUCUACCUGAGCAGGGCCAAGCUGAAGGCCUCCAGCCGCACCUCCGCCCUCCUCUCGGGCUUCGCCAUGGUGGCCAUGGUGGAGGUGCAGUUGGAGACGCAGUACCAGUACCCGCGGCCGCUGCUCAUCGCCUUCAGUGCCUGUACCACGGUGCUGGUGGCCGUGCACCUCUUCGCCCUGCUCAUCAGCACGUGCAUCCUGCCCAACGUGGAGGCCGUGAGCAACAUCCACAACCUCAACUCCAUCAGCGAGUCCCCGCACGAGCGCAUGCACCCCUACAUCGAGCUGGCCUGGGGCUUCUCCACCGUGCUGGGCAUCCUGCUCUUCCUGGCCGAGGUGGUGCUGCUCUGCUGGAUCAAGUUCCUGCCUGUGGAUGCGCGCCAUCAGCCCGGACACCCGGCCGGCCCCGGCGGCCACACGGGCUGGCAGGCGGCCCUUGUGUCCACCAUCAUCAUGGUGCCCGUGGGCCUCAUCUUCGUGGUCUUCACCAUCCACUUCUACCGCUCGCUGGUGCGCCACAAAACUGAACGGCACAACCGGGAGAUCGAGGAGCUGCACAAGCUCAAGGUCCAGCUGGACGGGCACGAGCGCAGCCUGCAGGUGGUGUGAGGCGCCGCCCUGCGGCCUGAGGGCCCCGCGCCAGGCCGAGCCCGGGUCGCCUGCGAUUUGGAGAAUUUCGAAACUGCAGAUUGCUAAGGAGGCUGCCUAGACACUGCCAGAUCGUUCAAGACCAAAGUUUGACUCCUGUCUUAAUGCUAUAAAACCUGGAUUUUCCCUUAGAAAAAGGAAAUCUUUAAUUAAAUGAGAGACUCUGUUGCAAAGAGCUUAGGGGAAAGAUAAGCCUAGUCUUUGGCCCUGGGGAUUUCCUGCAGGGCUCCGAGCAGCCCCCAGCAGUCAAGGGCAAUCUCAGAGACAUGGACUGGGUGGCCAGCGGGUGCAGAGGCCCAGAGGCUCGGGGCAGGGCCGUGAGUCCAGGGAACGGAUUGCCCUGUGACACCCAAGGUGGGUUUUGUGGUGGUCGGGUGGCACAUCUGAUGGUACCAGCUUGCUGAGAUUAGAUGGGGCACAGGAUCACAGUUUGGCCUGGAGCUUCCCUCCCCUGUCCUGGAGGGAGUUGGGUGGCCUGGCUUGUGGGAGAGGGCAGGAGCCCGGGACCCAUGUCAGCCCAGCAGGUACGGGGCUCCAGCAGGCAGCAGACUUGUCAGACCCCAGGGAGACGGGGAGACUUGCAAGGUAGAGGCCUGGCAGAGUGCAGACUUGUCUGUGCACGUCCCGUGUGAGAUGCCCGCUUGAGGAGGCUGUUAACUGGGGGGUGCUCCCCACAAGGCUCAAAUUCUCUCUUCUCAGCCAGCCUAGAGCCCUGGUCAUGUAGACCCACUGGGGCCACCAGGAUGGGAAAGGGCCCACAGUCCAGAGGCUUCUGUCUCUUGGCCACAGAAUGUCCUCUGAGCCUGAGUCAGCUGCCCCUCUGAGCUGUGGCUGCAGAAGGCCAGGGGCACCUGCUCAGGUAGCAGAGCCGGCUCAUCUUUCUGAUACCCGUGGUCCCAGCUGUGGGACGGGGCAGCCUGGGGGACUUCCUGUCUGGACAAGGCUGUUGGCCUGGCCUGGUCUGUGUGUGGUGGAGCCCAGGGCCAGCCCUGGCAAAUGCAGGUCCUGCUCACAAUGAUGUGGAACAACCACAGGGAAGGCAAGAGCCCACAUAGUGCCCCACGCCUGGGCCCCCUGGGCCUCGCAGCCAAACGCAGGGCCCAGCCCACACGUUUACACAGCCAUGCGCAUGUGGGUUCUGGUGUUUUCACUCGGGCAUCGGGGAGACCUGAGCCCAGGUUCUUUGGCUGUACACACUUAUGCUACAGCCCAGCCUGGGUGUGAGCACGCUGCACCCUGAGCUGCUCUGAAAAACCACCUUUACCACAUUGGCCAGCAGCCACCUGGAGGGAGGCCCUUUCUUCUGUUUUCCUAAGUAGUAUUGGACUUCGUGCUCCGAUGGCCUUUCUCUUGACAGCUUACUAUGUCUGUGGGGUCUGGGUUGCCUGUGCCAAGAAAUCUGGGCUGGCCUGGCUGAGGUUUCUGGGAAUGUGACACACUGUUGCUCACAGAAACCCUAACACGUGACUCUGAAAUGCUGAGGGCCCCUGGGAGCUGUGCUCAGAAUCCCCAGUGCAAGUCGUGACAUUUACGGGGAGCCCAGGCAGCAUGUCUCGUGGGGCCAGAGAAGAGCCCUGGCAUCUUCUGAAGGGAGAAGGGUGUGUCCCUUGCAUCUUCUGCAGGCGUCUGUCGUGACUUGCUUGCUCUCUAGCGCAUGCCCAUUUUGUCCCGGAGCCUUAUUAAAAAGGCUUGUCUGGUUUAAUAUGUGCUUGCUUUGUAAAGAAUGUCAGCAUCACUGCAAGACAGCUACUUGGUGUCCUGGCAGGGACAAGACAGGCUGGCUCCUCCCCACAGCUGGGAGGGGACAGCAGGCCCUUCCUCUGGCCUGAGCCUUUUGAGAGGGGCUGUGCUGGGUCUGUUCCCACUGCCCACUUUCCUGGGCCAUCUGGUGCCCCUGCCCCAGGUGUGUCAGCCUCAUGGCCCAGACCGUGGGAAGCAUCCCAUCAGGGCCAGCUGGGGGCCAUUUGUUACAUCUGGUCCAUGGGCAGAGCUUUUGGCCUGGCCCAGGCAGCAUCAGGGUCAGCUCGGUGCCCAAGGACAGUGCCACGUGUAGGAAAGAUGCCACAUACCCCGUUUUUAACUCCGAUUAGGAGAAUAACGUUCCUGUGAUUUCCUGUUCUCUUUUGUCCAGAGGGCUCUCCCAGCUCCAGCCUUUCUAGUUCCCAGCGGCAUGGGGCAAAGGGCAUUUUUACGGGAACAGAGGUGACCGUGGUCUGGAGACUGGUGGAGGGCGGCAACCUCAGGGCAGCCUGACCUUGUCGGGAGACAGGAUGAGCUGCAGUCUGAACAACUCAGCAGGCGGUUUGGGAGAGGGAGAAAGCAAAUUACAGGCCAGAAGUUCAGUUUCUGGAGGUUUCGCCUGAUGACCAAGUGCUCCGAGUACAGGGCCUCCUCUCGGUGGGGAGAGGCGCAGGGGCUGCCCUGGAGCCUGCUCGGGCUUGCCCUCUCCCCUCCAGCACAGCCUCCUGGUGCUCACGGCACAUGCCGCCGAGGCGGAGCCCUCUCCAAAGUGGAACACCGGCUCCCUUUAGGACCCGACCAGAAGGUUCAAAACUCAUGUUUCUAUUUUAGAAACUGCAAAGGCAGAAUGUACUUUAGUGUCUUCUAGGAAGGUCUGUUGAGGACGAAACCGCGUGGGCCUGAGUGGAUGGAGUUCACCUGCCCCUAACCCAUCCUGUGCUGAUCGAUUAUGCGUGACAUGGUGUACGUCACGUCCGGUGUGCACACCCUGUCCCGUGUAUGGGUUUUGGAGACAGUUGCCCUGGAUCGAACUGAAUAAACAAGUAAAGCUAAGAAA